GUAGGGAUGUGUUACGCUGUCCCGAACGAAUCGAUUACGAUACGAAGCAACGUUCGAUGAUUAAACUCUGUUUUUGUCGUUGUAAUUUGGAAUGUGGAACGAGGCAAACGAGUCGAUUUGUUACGUGUGUAAUUUACGUCAACACGCGCGCGAGCGGGGAUCUCGAUAAACUCCAGACGCGGAACGGCUGAUGUAUCGAUAUAGAUGCACGUAAGGCGAGAUGUUACCGUCAAAUAUUAACGCUGCCCGGAAAAUACGAAGGCCUCGGCGAAUUAUUAACGGAACAAUAACGAUCGAUGUGCAAUGUGCGGCACGGUGAAUCAACGAAAUAACGAUUUUCAGUCAUCGUCAUGUUAUAGUCAUAUAUAUGUCGCGCGAGAUGCGAGGUGCGAGGUGCGAGGUACGACAAGGGAUAAAAUUCUCAAUCGACGAUGAUGAAAGAUAGAGGAAGCUAGGUUCUCGCGCCAUGUCCCGACUUGAAGGAAUCCGUGUUGUUAUUAGAGUUUGCUACGAUCAAACAAUCCUUGAUGUUUCAUCAUCGUCGAGUAAUUGCUUUCACGACGGCUACGCUAGGUGAAGAUUAAAAUUCGACACGUGGCGACCUUGCCGUGCCAUCAGCUAUUACGCUUCUUUAACGUAUCCAGGCGCCGUCUUCUUCUUGCGCCCUCAGCGCAAAGAUGCUUUCAUGCGGCUGCUCGGAGCUGUAGCCGCCGAGUAGGUGUCGGGCAAUGGACACCAAGACCCCACCGAUUCCGUUAAGACCGCAAGAGAGGAUCGCCCAACCAAGGAAAACGGAACGUGUGGCCGACGACGUGUCCUUGCCUCCCCUGACACCAUAUCCGAGUAAUCAUCCGAAGAACAGAUCGCCCGGUACAUCGGAAAAUCAGUCUUACCCCACCAUACAGCAUCAUCAUCGAGAUGACCGUAAAACGAGGCCUUACAGGGUGUUAGAUAUCGGCGCUACGCCUCUGAUGCACGCCUGUCAACAGGGCGACAGAACGAGAGUGUUAAAGUUAUUGAAGGAACAAGAGGAAACGAUCGCUUGUAGGGAUCGCACGUUGAGAAACGCUCUCCAUUACUGCAUGGAGGCGGGAACCGGCGGUGCCGUUGCUGCGGCGGCACCGCAACUGGUAAAUGCCCCCGAUGCCGAAGGACACACGCCGCUUCAUCUGGCAGUGAUCGCCGGCGACACUCAACUAGUCGCCGUUUUAUUAGCCAAUGGUGCCGAUGUCAACGCCAAGGAUCUCGAAGGACACGGUGUUCUUCAUUGGGCGACCGUUUGCGGGGAAGCAGAGUGCGUUCGACUAGUGUUGGCGGCUGGCGCGCGAGCUUCCACUCCCGAUUUACGUGGCGGAUCUCCGCUUCACUACGCUGCCCAAUGCUGCGGUGCGGCUGCCACGGCUGAACUAGCGGUUCCGAAAAAGGUCGGCUUGAAAGUUUUGCAAACGCUUCUGGAAUUCGGCGCGGAUGUAAACGCAAAGGACGAGGAUGGACGACAACCGAUCCUGUGGGCUGCAAGCGCCGGUAGCGUCGAGGCUGUAUUGGCUUUGGCGAGAGCCGGUGGCUCCGCGGCCGCGGGCACUUGCGACAAGGACGGACUGACGGCGCUCCAUUGCGCGGCGUCGAGGGGCCACGCGGGAUGCGUCGAAGCACUCGUCAACUUGUGCGGAUCUCAGCCCGACCACGUAGACGACAACGGUUGUUCCGCGUUACAUUACGCCGCUACUCUGGGUCACGCGGACGCGACCGCUCUUGUUCUUAAACUCGGGGCGGAUCCGAAUCGACAGGAUCGAAAGGGUAGAACACCGGCACUCUGCGCUGCGGCCAAGGGUCAAUUGGAAACCCUCAAGAUUCUGACCCAGCACGGCGGUUCGCUGCACGUUAGAACCGUCCGAGGUACGGGAAUUGGACACGAGGCCGUCGCGUCCGGCAGAAUCGAAUUGAUGAAAUGGCUGGCGAAAAGGAGACCGAGCACGUUGGACGUCGCUACGCACGACGGGAAAACGCCUCUCCACGUCGCGGCUCUGCACGGCCAUCUCGACGCGUGCAAAGUUCUUUUGGAUCACGGCGCGAGAAUCAAUGCCGUUCUCAAAACCAGCAGAGGUAACGCGAUGACCCCGUUGGAUGCAGCUCUCUACAGAGGGCACAGGGAUUGCGCGAAACUGAUUCAGAUGCACGGCGGAACUACGGCACAGCGACUCGGAUCGCGUAACACCGCGCCCAACAAAGUUUUCACGGCAAAGCUCCGAGUGAGACGUGCCGGGAGUAGCAGCAGCAGCAGCAGCAGCACCCGGCUGUCCAAGACGUCUUCGAGAAGAGACGAGAGAAGAGCUCGGAGCGAAUCCGCGCGAUACGACGCGAACCGCACCAACCAGCAUCACCGACGUCAUUCGCGAAGAAAACGAAACAGAGGAGGAUCGACGAGAACGCGUAAGCACCAGCACUCGGACGAGUCAUCGGACAGCUGCGAUUACUCUCACGACGAGAACGAAGCGAGUGCCCGUCGGCAUUGCGCAAAGAGACGACAAGAAAGGACCAAGGACUCGAAUAACUCGGGAAAGGAAGACGAUCGGAGCGUAAGCGAUGACAGCUUGGAGGUGAUCGUGGUGAAAAAGUCGCUCGAAAAGAAAUGCGAAAAGGUGGUAUCCGGAAGGAGAUCCAAGACUCCUCGAGAAUGCACCAAGGAGACGAGAUUCACGAAAACGCACAAACGCAGCUCGAAGAGAACGUCUCGAUCCGGCAGAUCGAAAAUAACCGAUAACGACGAGGACGGCGGAACGGCGGAACAUCGCGGAGGAGACGCGACGGACAGUACCGGUCAGGAGACGGUCGAGCGAGUGGUCGUUACCGCGAUGGUUCACAAAGAUCAGGUGCCAGACACCCCGAAAACGCUCUUUGAAACAACGAGGGAAACGGACGAAGCUCCGAUGGGAUUUCAGCGAAAGGCGCAACAACAGUCUCCAAGUCUCGGUCGAGGGAUCCGGGCCGAGCCGAGAGUGCCCGUCGAAGACGCCCAACGAAACGAGACGCGAGAUAGAUUAGAUAUCGACACCUCCGGCGAGAACAAAGACGGUUCGAACAAUCAGGAAGAAAUGGACGGCAAGUCUGUAGUUUUGCAAGAUUCGAGGAGUUGUUUGCAAAAUUGUGCAAAAACGAGUGUGGACAUGGAUGAGAAGAAGAUGGAGAAGCAGCAGGUAGCUUCCCGAGUCGUUCCUCGGCCGGACGAGUACGCGGAAACUGCCAGGAGAAAAGUCGCGUCGGACGAUAGUGGAGCGUCACCCUCGAGACGAUCCCUGGACGAGGCCGCGAGUGCAUCGAAAGACGACGUCAAAGGGGUAGCUGAAACGCGGAAACGCGGAAAAGCGGUCGACACGGCAAGCUCGUUCGAAACUGUCGGGUUGCGGGAGGAGGGCACUGAAACGCGGGAAGCGCUAACGGAUUUGGAUGAUUCCGCGCGUGGAAAAUCCGCAGACUUGUCGUCAACGGGAUCGAGAACCUCCACGUUGAACGUGGGAGAAACGAUUCUCUCGACGGAAAGGAGCGAUAAGGAGGCAGGUGGAAUUUUCUCGAGAAUUUUAGGAGAGAAAGAAAAUUUCCGUUACAUGGACGAGAGUUUGAGUUCACCGAAGGUAGAACCGGCGAAACCGAGGCCAUCGACGGGAAGAAACGCGAGGACGCGAGGGCGGAGGCAUCUGUUUGGAAGCUCCGAGGAACGAUCCUCCGAUCGAGCGCAUCAAAGUGCGAUAGUUGCGGUGAUUGACAGCCCGGAGUGGGACGAGGACGAAGCGGUUGAGAAGGAGAUCAGAGAAGCUUUCGGAGAGGACACGGAACGUGACACGGAACACCAAGAGGACAAUGGUGUGACGCGAGUUUUGCCAAGUACGAGCGAGGAGGAGACUCCCACCGCAGCCUCGGGGACAUGCAGAAUUUCCGGAAUCGAUUCGCGAUUACCUCGGGUGGUACGAUCGACAGCUAGCAAUCGUUUCGUUACGAUCGUGGAUUCCGAACAAGGCCGCGAGGAACGAUCCUGGAGGAAGCAACGCCGCGACAGCGGCGGCAGAGACAGCGGAAUAGAGCCGAGUCCCAGGGUGUCAAAGAUCCCACGGAGGCGAAACGUGAAAUGUUGCCCGAAUACCACGAAACAGCAGGCUCUCGAUAUGGAGACCGUCACCAGGGACGUGCAAAUUAGCUUGCGUCGUUAUCAUCUCGAGAGAAAGAUAUUUUUCCAGUUGAUGGAAUUGAAGAGGUUGCAGAUUCGUCACGGUCGAGGAAAUGAGCACGUCUUAGUGAAAAGGCAGGUCGAAGCCUUUCAUAGAUCGGGCAUGUCCGGACCCACCCUUGGUGUCGCGAGAUACGAUCGACAGCUGACGUUCAGGGAAUUCGAAGCGUUCCUGUAUGAGCAAUUGAGAAGAUUGCAGGGAAGACCGACCACACCAGACUUUUGCACGGAAGCUAAGCAAUGCACGCGGAAAACUCAUCGUUGUCAUCACGCGACCAGUGCUUACACCUCCGUUCCAGUCUACACGUAUCUGGGUGGAGGCGUCUCAGAUCGAGCCGAUCGUCUUCCGAAGAUAGAGAGUCGCGGCAAAGGGCAAAUGACGGUGGAAGUCACACACGGAGAAGAGAAACAAGUGAUCGCUCUUCCGACUGAGAGACUGGAUCGCACCAAAAGAUACUUUGUCACGUUCACCGUGAGAGGCGAAACUCGGGAUGUCGAGAAACCCGAAUCAUCCUCUACGCCGAUACGAAGAAACGCCAAGAGCGUGUAAAGGUCGUGCGAUAUAUUUCAAAGAUGCUCCUUCUCGCGAGAUUUCCAACGAUAAUCACCUACCUCCGUUUAUUUUUCGCCAAGAAACAAAGCUUAUGAGAGUGAUUGCAGCAACAAACGCAACUAUUGUAAGAAACAAAUGUGAAGAACGUAAAUGCGUUGUUGUUGCACGUGGUGUAACUGCAAAUUUUUGCAUGAAAUUGUCUCUAUAGAAAAUUGAGAGAAUAGUCGGUGUAUCCGCUUGAUCCAGACUCUUUAUAAACUCUUAUUAUUACGCUGCGAGUGAGAGAGAGAGAGAGGGAGGGAUUUCUAUUUAUAUUUUAUAUGCAUUUUUUUUUCCUUAUAAAUCCAACGUACUCGUACACGAAGAAAGAAUAUAAUCGUUAUCAAAACUGCCAGAGAUAGGAUCAAGUAUUUGAUGCAAUCCGACACUAGGGAAAGAAAGAGAGAUAUAUGCGUUUCCCAUAGGUAUGUAAAAUGUUAUAUUGCCCUGUGUAACGUAAUGUAAAAUAAACGAAUUCCAAUAGUGUUUAUCUCA